AAAAUUGACUUCACUGCCAACCACUGUCGAAACAGAGUUCCUGGAACGCACUGGCGGAAAGCAAGGUAACUGGCAGAUCACGAAGGAAGAAGCAUUCGUCAUUUUAGCAAGAACCGUGCAGUGGACUGGCGGCACAACCACGCAGAAAGGAACUAAGAAGGAAACACCGUUUGCAGGAAUGGCGACCAAUUCUACUGACCUGGACGAACUAAAGAAAAAUGUGGACAAUGUGUUUAUAAUGACGAAUGCCAUUAUCGUGUGCUUGAUGCAGAGCGGGUUUGCAUGUCUGGAGGCAGGGGCAGUGCGGUCAAAGAACACGACGAACAUCAUCAUGAAGAAUAUCAUGGACAUAUUUAUCAGUUGCAUCAGCUACUGGCUGGUGGGGUACGCGCUGGCGUACGGGGAGGGUAACUCCAUCCUGGGGUACACGUACUGGGCAGGGAUCGGACUGCCAGCAAACAAGAUGUCCCACUGGUUCUUCCAGUUCAUUUUCGCAGCUACGGCUGCCACCAUAGUGUCUGGAGCCGUAGCAGAGAGGUGCAAUUUCAUCGCUUACAUCGUCUACAGCAUUGGAAUAUCAGGAAUCGUGUAUCCUCCUAUAUCCCGCUGGGUGUGGACUGAAGUCGGUUGGCUCAACAGGUUAGGGUACGUGGAUUUCUCCGGUUGCGGACCCGUGCACUUGCUUGGUGGAGUCUGCUCGUUCUUCGGCGCACUGUUCCUUGGACCGCGACUCGGAAGAUUUGAGUCCCAGGACGGAAAUUCAGAGAAAGAGGAAAUUGUCGGCCACUCCGUUCCACUGGUGGGACUCGGAACGAUGAUCCUCAUAACUGGGUUCCUGUCCUUCAACGGCGGCUCACUCGGUUCCAUGACGAACCCAGGAGAUGGCGACAUCAUCGCGCGGGUGAUCACCAACACCGUGCUGGGUGGAACCGGGGGCGCAAUCACCAUUCUUAUCGCCAGCAAGAUGGGGUUCUGCGGGCCGCCAGUGUGGAACUUCAGCCUCACAGUCAACGCAGCGCUCAUCGGCAUGGUUUCAGUGUGUGCUGGAGUCAACAACAUGGCCAUGUGGGCAAGUUUCGUGUGUGGGGUUACAGCUGGGCCCAUCUAUGUUCUUAUUCGUUCCAUCAUGAUUCGCUGCAGAGUUGAUGAUCCACUGGAUGCUGUGGCUGUCCAUUUCGGUGGCGGUCUCUGGGGACUCAUCGCAGCAUCACUGUUUGAUAACAACGGACUGGUGUUUGGCGCCGUCAGUGAAUCUUCACUGAUUCUUUGGCACAGAAUUAUCGGAGCAGCGGCCAUUAUCGUCUGGGGAGGAUUCGCGUCCUGCGUGAUGUUCGGAACGCUCAAAUACCUCGGCAAAUUGCGAGUAAGUGAAGAGGACGAACGGAGAGGUCUGGACCUCGCGAUGCACAAUGAACCCGGCUACCAUCCUUCGGGCUGGAAGACAUUUCCUCCAGUAGCUCCGUGGCAGACCUCGCUGUUGUCAACAACUGACGUCACUCACCGCGGCAGAAAACACCAAAAAAACAACGCUCACAAUCUACGCUCAACUAAUUUCGUAAACGAGGCUUUUGUCGACACGGAAAACGGAGAUCGCGCAGUGGAAGAAACGAGCAAGAUGUAACUGUCCAUCGAGCGAGCAUUCCCAUGAAAUAUUACCAGGACCUCCGCGGCCCUAAGUCUCGCAGUCAGAGGCGAAGUGAAAUUCAACGCCCGAGAACACCUUCAAGCCGUACUACGAUCUAUCUGGAAUUGCCACCACAGAUCGUUCGCAUAACCCGCUCCUUACCCCAUCCAUUGUCACUUCUUUACGAUAUUUUAGGUUAUCACGUCGGUAAAAAUGUCGAUGUUGGUCUUCUUGAGUUGUGAGGGCUCGUAGGAAGAUGCCACCGUUUCGGAAGAACAUACUACCUCCAUCUUCAGGGCUGAUAACAUUUCAGACGAACCAACAUCGACACGUUUAUUCUGUUACCAUUUAAUCGGUGCUGACAGAUUCGGCGGUUGUAGAACAAAGAUAACCACUCAAUUCCACCCAUGCCAAAGUUUUCCCUCCACUUUUAAACACGCUUUCAUAGCGUGGUGCUUAGACACAGGGGCCACAUCGCCUCCACGUCCCUUAAUACCUUGCAACACAUGACCACAAUGUGUGUGUGUUAUGGUACACACGUCAUGAUGUGUAUGGAUUUUGAGAAUUGGCAUAAAGGAUUGCCAUGAACCAUGGUAACCAUUGGAAAUAUAGAACGCAACAGUGUUAUCCAAUGUCCUUGUUGUAAUAAUGCGAUUACAGGUUAUUGUUGCAACAGUGAAAAAUCCAACACCAGUGGCCUCAUUGCUGCAAAAAUGUGCCCCAAGCAAUGACCUGGAUUCGCACUGUAGUCAAGAACGCGACAGACAGACAAGGACGAAUCCAUAAGGCGUUUCCCGCUCACUCCAGAGCUUUCAGAAAUGGACUUUAAUAUUUUUAAGUACGGUUCUUACCGUUCGUUUCCGUGCGUUGUAAGAUUCACGUAUUUUCGCGUCGAAGGUAUUCAUUGUGGUCUUGUACCCUGACGAUGGAGACGAUACGUUCCUCAACGUGUUGAUAGCAGUCUACAAAACUACGCGGUGUUACAGACCAGAAGAUAACGGAUGUAAGCGGAUAUUUGUAUGCCAUUUUAAAAACUAAACUUUAUUUACGUGUAGAGGCAUUUUAUCUUGGAGCACCGUAAAUUUCAAUUUUCAUGUUAGUAUGAGCGUAUCCAGAACAAGUACUCAGCGUCCAUAAGUGUCAACCAAAUUAGACGUCAAAUACGAAUAAAGGCAUGUACGUAAGUGACUUUCCAAAAUUUUACAAAUAGUUAAUUUGCAUAUCAUCCAACAUGGUUUGUCCUUUCCUUUAGACAUCGUCACGGGAUUGCAGUUUUGAAACCUUAUAUUAAUAAUUUUUUGAUUGAAAACUAUUUGUAAACCCCCGAUGAUGUCUGAAUAGCAUGAAACAUUUAUGGUAAGAAUCAAAUAAUAUUUUAUAACAUCGCGUAAGUAGAAAUGUUCUUGAGAUUUUAAUAUUUCAGCAAUAAUAAUUAUUUAUAAUUGACGGUAAAUAUACAUACCACUUAGCAGUAAUACAACAGUAUGGAGAAUGUAAAUUGGAGCUCCACAAAUUUAUCUAGAAUCACACUACGAGGUUUCAGUAUUAUUGGCCUAAUGGAUGCCUUUAAUGACAACACACAAAUCCAUUUAUUAUAAAGAUGUACACUAAUAUGCCUGCGCUUUGUAUAAAUACGCAUUAUUUAUUUCA